UCUGGGGUUUUUUGCUCAUCUGUAGAGAGCUGCAACACCUCUGUGGAGGGCGUUGGCAAGAGAGGCGGCAAGAGGAAGGUCGCCGCUGCUGAGGCAGGACCAAGCAGCAAAAGACAAAGGCUGGACAGUGAGGACCGGAAACAAAACAAACAAGAUGACGAUACAAGCUCAUCGUCCGACGAGAAUAUUCCAACACUCGUCAGAAUUUCGCGGGUCGAAAAACAAAGGCUCACGGUCGAUUUAGCGUCCACCUCAGCAGUCACUGGGAGCUGCAACACCUCUGUGGAGGUCGUUGGCAAGAGAGGCGUCAAGAGGAAGGUCGCCACUGCUGAGGGAGGACAAAGCAGAAAAAGACAAAGGCUGGACAGCGAGGACCGGAAAAAAACCAAACAAGAAGAGUUAGAGGCCAAAUAUGAGCAACUGCAACGCCUCGGUGCGGGAGGAUGUGGAAAGGUGUACGCCGGCCACCGCAGGGCCGACAACCUACCCGUUGCCAUUAAAGACAUCCCUAAUGAUGACGUCUACUGCACACAUGAGGACGACGAAGGGAACAAAAUUUCCAUUGAGAUCGCCAUCAUGUUGAAGCUGGCGGCCAAAUCGGAGGGGGCAUCGCCAUACCUUACCUUGCUGGACUGGUACCAGUUAGAGGAGGAGCUGGUGAUGGUGAUCGAGAGGCCCAUCCCCGCUACGGAUUUAUUUGACCAUAUCAUGGGAAAAGGAGGCUUCGUGAAGGAAAAAGAAGCCAAGAUCAUACUGAGGCAGCUGGUCGAUGCGGCGCUAUAUCUGGAGAACAAGAACAUUUUCCACCGGGACAUAAAGGUGGAGAACAUCCUGAUCGAGACAAGUUCGAAGGUCCCACGAGUUCGCGUUAUCAACUUUGGUCUGAGCUGUUACGACGAUAAAAAAGAGACUUAUCAUGAGUUUUUCGGAACUAUAUUCACCCCAGAGAUUCACCUUAACAACGGGUACAAAGCAGGAUCCACCACAGUGUUCCAGAUUGGAGCGGUGCUGUUUAACACCCUCCACAAAUUCGAAAAAUUUGACACGUUAGUUUUUUAUUUAAAGCGUCAAGGUCUCCCCCAAAGCAUCUCCAAGAACUGCAAAGCCUUCCUCCAGAUGUGCCUGAGAAUUGACAAAGCAGAAAAAGACAAAGGCUGGACAGCGAGGACCGGAAAAAAAAAAAACAAGAACAGUUAGAGGCCAAAUAUGAGCAACUGGAACUCCUUGGUGCGGGAGGAUGUGGAAAUGUGUACGCCGGCCACCGCAGGGCC